UUUAUAUCAUAAAUCACUAUUAAACCAACAUGUAAUACUUAGCUCCUAGUUCCUCAUCUUUUUCCAGAUGUCUUGACUAUGCCGGCCUUCUUCCCUUGAGCUCAAAAUCCCCAGAUUUUAUUUUACUACUUCCUGUUCUAUUUAUAGGACCUCGUUUGUAUACUGCAAACAAGAUCUUAUAAUUAGGACUGAAAGUAGUAUUUUUUAAUUUUAAGUCAUCAUCGCCUUCUUCCUUUAUAUAAGUAACAUCUUCCUCUGCGCUAAACCCUCUCUCUUCCUUUCUCUCUUUCUUUCUUUUGAUCGAUGAACCUCUGUGAUGAAAGCGGGAUUUGAGGUGAUUCAUGGCGAUUUCAACAUGAUCAGACCACAUCAUAUGCAUGAAUCUUGGGACUACCCGAAUAAUGUUGGGCUGUCUUCAUCAGCUGCAACAUCAUCAUCGAUCCAAUUUUCAAAGCCACCACCCAUUGACACUACCACUCACAAUACUGUAAACUUGGCAACAAACGAGUUUUCAGAUUGGGUGGAGCAUAUUACCAAACACCUUGUGGACGACUUGCCAGCUGAAACCACAUCUGAUCAUAACUUUCUUCCUUAUAAUAACCAUCACCAAACAAGGUCGUAUUCUCAGGACAACCUCGUAGGCACAGUAGUUUCACCUGUUACGUACCCUAGAAAAGGUCCCUUCAUCAACAACGACCUGCAAAUUCAAAUUCAAACAAAUCCAGUAGAUCAUCACGACCAAAACAAUGAUGGUGGGUUGCACCUUUUAACACUUCUAAUGGAGUGUGCAGUAGCGAUCUCAGUGGAUAACCUCAGUGAAGCACACAGGGUGUUGCUUGAGCUUACCCAAGUGGUCUCACCUUACAAGCCGUCCUGUGCAGAGCGUAUUGUUGCCUACUUUGCUAAAGCCAUGUCUAGCAGAGUAAUGAACUCGAUGCUCGGAGUAUUUUCCCCUCUGAUUGAUCAUAGGAGCAUUCACUCUUCAUUCCAAGUGUUCAACAACGUUUCGCCUUUCAUCAAAUUCGCUCAUUUCACUUCAAAUCAAGCAAUUCUCGAAGCAGUGCAUUGCUGUGAUAAUAUUCAUAUUAUAGACUUAGACAUUAUGCAGGGUCUUCAAUGGCCAGCCUUCUUCCACAUCCUCGCCACGCGAAUGGAGGGCCGACCACGAGUUCGAAUGACAGGCAUGGGAGCUUCGAUGGACCUCCUCGUUGAGACAGGCAAACAACUCACGAACUUCGCUAAAAGGCUUGGAAUGUCGUUUCAUUUCCAACCAAUCGCGAAAAAGUUCGGGGAAAUCGAGGAUGUCUCCAUGGUGCAAGUAAGACCCGGCGAGACACUGGCCAUUCACUGGCUACAACACUCACUGUACGACGCAACAGGACCAGACUGGAAAACCCUGAGGCUUCUUGAAGAAUUAGAGCCAAGAAUCAUAACCCUGGUGGAACAAGAUAUUUCAAGCGGCGGGUCGUUCUUGGAUCGUUUUGUUGGGUCUUUACACUAUUACUCUACUGUGUUCGAUUCUCUUGGAGCUUAUAUGGCCAGUGAGGAUCCUAACAGGCACAGGGUCGAACACGACCUUCUGUCUAAAGAGAUAAAUAACAUAUUGGCCAUAGGAGGACCAGCAAGAAGUGGAGAAGACAAGCAUAGACAAUGGAGAAGUGAGCUUGCGAGGCAUUGUUUUGUGCAGGUUCCGAUGAGCCCUAAUUCUAUGGCUCAAGCUCAACUGAUAUUGAACAUGUUCUCAGCUUCUCAUGGCCAUGGCUAUACGCUUGCUCAUGUUGAUGGCACACUCAAACUUGGAUGGAAGAACACUAGUUUGUAUACUGCUUCUGCAUGGACAUGUUAUUCCAAUAAUGACCUAUAGGUAGGUUACUGAAAAAGCUGGAAAUUCUUCAAUAUGCCUUUUUGUAUAUGAUUGUGACGAGUAGUGGGAAAUAAUGGAAAUUACUUGUUGGCUAUGGU